AUGCAAUCAUCUAUUUCACUUUCUUCAAUAUCAUUAAGUAAUUCAUCAAUAUAUGGUUCUCAAACAAUUCUUAAUAUUGAUGAUUUACCUUCAGUUGCACCUCGUUGUCGAUCAUCAAUUAUAUGUUCUCUUGAUAAUAAUAAUAAUGAAAUUCUAUUUUCAAUUCGAUCUAAAAUAAAAUGUUGUCAUUUAUUUUAUAAUUAUUUAUCAUCAACUUCAUAUUCUUUAUCUUCAUUAUUUCGAAAAAAAUUUUUUACUAAAUUAUGUCAUUAUCAUCGAUUACUUCUUGUACUUAAUGAUUAUCAAUGUAAAUGUGGUUGUCAAUUUUCAAUAAAACAAGGUACUUUUGUUAUAUUAUAUGAAACAAAAAUAGAAUCAUUAUUAUCAUGGAAUAAAAUUCAAUUUCUUACUGUUAUAUCAAAUCAACUUAUAUGUUCAAAAGUACCAUCAUAUUUUCUAUGUGAUAUUAAUGUAUUACGUCAACGUGUUCGUUCAAGAUCCUAUUGUAAUAAUGAACAAAGUUUUGAUUUGUAA